GAAAAAAAAUGUGGUUCCGACGCUUUGGUGCAUGAACCGAUUAAAAUGGACUUACUACUGAAUUACUGCACAGAAGCGUCCAAAAUGAGAACUUGAUGAGCCAGAACACACGUGACGUGGCCAAUCCGGUCGAAAUCUAUUCUGUUGAGUACAAGUUAGGCUGUGCUGAUCUCGAUAAUUGAGAACAAACUUUUUUACUUUUUUAAAAGGGUGCGGUUACUCUGCCGCUCCGUCUUGACCGCUACUCUGCCGUCCUAAUUUACUUGUCAGAGACCCUACCUACCAUUUUUAUCUCAAAGAGAAGGUGGCCUGAGUUGUGACGAUUGUGUUUCUCAGCCACCACGACCUCAGAAUCUCAGAUACGGUUCACAACGAUGGACGAGGCAAUAGUUCUGUACCCAACACCAGCCAUAGGGCAUCUGAUCUCCAUGGUGGAGCUUGGAAAACUAAUUCUAACCAACCGGCCUUCCCUCACUAUCCACGUACUCGUUGCCCCCCCACCCUACAACGCUGGUUCCACCGCUCCUUACAUAUCCUCUGUCUCUGCCACCAUCCCUUCCAUUACCUUUCACAGUCUCCCCAACGUUACUCUCCCACCCACCAUCUCUCCCCACCAUGAAACCCUUAUCUUUGAGCUCCUCCGUCUCAACAACACCAAUGUUCACCAAUCUCUCGUAUCUAUCUCCGAACGUUACUCCAUCCGCGCCCUCAUCAUGGACCUUUUCUGCUCUCAAGCUCUCUCUGUUGCAACCAACCUCAACAUCCCGGGCUACUACUACUUCACUUCCCCUGCCAUCUGUCUUGCUUUCUUCCUAUAUUUUCCAACCUUGCACAGAAACACCACUAAAAGCUUCAAAGACCUUAACACCCUUCUUGAGUUUCCCGGCGCACCACCCGUGCCAUCCUCGGAUGUGCCGAAACCUGUACUCGACCGUUUUGACAAGGCUUACGAUUACUUUCUAGAUUGCUCGAUCAGCGCGGCUAAAUCAGUAGGAAUACUCGUCAACUCUUUUCAGUCGCUGGAAUCGAGAGCUAUCGGAGCUCUGUCAAAUGGACAAUGCGUCCCUGACGGUCCCACGCCUCCUAUUUACUGCGUAGGGCCACUUAUAGCAUCUAGUGAUAAUAGUACUGGCGGUAACGUGACUGUGCCGGACUGCUUAAAGUGGCUCGAAUUGCAACCGAGUCAAAGCGUCGUGUUUUUAUGUUUUGGAAGCUUGGGGUUGUUCUCCAUGGAACAGCUGAAGGAGAUAGCUAUAGGGUUGGAAAAGAGUGGCAUAAGGUUCUUGUGGGUGGUACGCAAUCCGCCUACUCAGGCCCAUAGCUUGGCCACCUCUGUCCAAUCUCAUGAGCCAGACUUAGACUCGUUGCUUCCUGAGGGUUUCUUGGAGAGGACCAAGGAUAGGGGACUGGUAGUGAAGUCCUGGGCACCACAAGUGGCCGUGUUGAAUCACGAGGCGGUGGGUGGAUUUGUGACACACUGUGGAUGGAACUCGGUAUUGGAAUCGAUAUGCGCGGGUGUGCCGAUGAUCGCUUGGCCGCUCUAUGCCGAGCAAAGGAUCAAUAGGGUGUCAAUGGUGAAAGAAAUGAGAAUUGCUUUGCCAAUGAACGAGUCGGAGACCGGGUUUGUGAGCGCAGCCGAGGUGGAGAAGCGAGUCAGAGAGCUAAUGGACUCGGACAAAGGUAAGUUAAUCAGGGAGAGAACCUUGGCUAUGAAAAACGAAGCUAAAACUGCACUGAAUGAGGAGGAGGGAUCAUCGCGAGUGGCACUGAACAACUUCUUUGAGUCGUGGAAUAAUACCAGUUGAGUCGAUCCGAUCUGCUUCUAGACUGGAGGGUUUUUUUUUUUUUUUUUCUUUCUUCUUCUUCCAAGAAAGCAUAUUAUUGAUAAUAAAAGAUACAAUGUCUAAGAAGAUUUUCUACUAUCAAUAUACAGAAAAUAAUUAGGAAUUUUAUUUAAGAAGUGACGUUUCAAAAAUAUGAUUGGUAAUUAUCUAUUACGCUAC